CUUGCCUCGAUGUCGGACGACGUCUCGAUCCUCGUCCUCCUCGACGAGUGCGAAGAUGCGGUCGCGCAUGUGACCGCGAUGUGGGGCAUGGAAAUGGACGAGGAAGCGCCAUGGCAUGCGGCGGAAGCCAUCGCCGCCGAGUGCUGGGCGACUGUUCAUGCGCUCUGCAGCGCCGACGCCACGGCCUGGUGUAUGGACGACAAGCCAUGCAACGAGGCUGUUCCUGUGGUAGAGGCCAUCCUCAUCGCUACCGACGACGAGAGUAGCGAGAUGCCGAUCAAGAAAGCGACGCUUGAAGACGACCUGCUCGACCUGGAGAUGGAGCUGUCGCUAGCCAUGGCCCAGAUCCAGACGGUGGACGUGGAGGCAAUCAAACCAUCCGCACCAAGGGCUGAGCCAACGCCACAACGAGCGUUGCCGACUGCCAAGAAGAAGAAGAAGCGACGCCGCCAGCGCUCGAACGAGACGCCGCAAAGCGUUUGGCAUGGAUACCAAAAGCUCACGCUGCAGUCCCACGUCGAGCGACAAGCCAAGGCCAGAGCCCAGCGCGAGGCGCUCGAACUUGAAGUCGCAUCCGCGGUGCAGACACGACUCCAAACCACACGCGAGCGCAUGUCUCCUCCGCGAGUCGAGUUGCCGGCAGCGCGCCCACCAAAGAGCUACUUGACCACAUACUACAUCGAGGGACCCCGCUGCCCAUUGUCGUCUCCAGUGGCAGCACCAAUCAACGAUGCUGGACCGCGCGACGUCCUCGUGUCUGUCUACCGCAAUGACGACCGACGCACCAUGACGCGCAUUCUGGCUUCGUCCUGGGCGGAUUUGGGUGCCAAAAUCGCCUACAAACUCAACAUGCCGUCCGUAUGCAGUCUCUUGCGAGAAACGGCGCGCAUCAGCCCCAACGGCGACUACACCAAGCUCUCGCCAGUCUCGCGGUUUGAGCAGCUUCGACGCGGUGACAUUCUUUGUGCCAUUCACAAACAGUCAUCGGAGCCGAAAACGCGCAUGGCACCGCCGCCUCGUGUGACCACGCCCAAGGCACCGCUUCGCACCAUACGCGGACGCCCGCUCUGGGACAAGCACGGACGCCGGUUGGACGUCGCCAUGUCGUUACAUACAUUAAGUUAGAGGUGGCCGUAGUAUGGUAUCGACGAUAGCAUGUCGAUCGCGCCCGAAUGGCUAAACGCAAAGGCUGCCAGUGCGUUCUUCUCGGCA